GCGGUCCCGCCCCUGGCAUGCAGUGGAUCGUGGUGGCGAACGACGGCCAGCCGGGGGCUCCCUCCAUCGGGGCCGACUGGAGCGUGGACGCCACGGCCAGUGUCAUGGGCAAGUUCGCGCUGGUCAGUCUUGGGACGGUCACCCUCGUGCUGGAGAACAUCGCGGUCGGCAACGAGAGGAAUGUGCUGGUCUCGAGGAAGGGCGAGCUCGAGCAGGCGGUGGACCGUGCUUUUGGGCCCGGGGCGCCAGGAGCUGGCCUCGGAACUCAAGCGGGUGGAGACGGGCCGGCGGCUGCAGUGCCGCUCAAAUCGGCUGGCGCUCGAGCACUACCCGUGCUGUACGAACAGACGGGCCAGAGGUUCAGGGCCUACACCAAUGCCGUCGGACUGCUGGAGGAGCCACGGUUCGACGACUUCCCGGUGGUUGGCCCAAGAACGACUCUCUGGCUGUGCAAGUUCAUCAGAGAUCAGGGGAGCGCCCCCCGCACCAGGACAGAGAAGUGGAUGCGAGACGCACACGUGCCGGACAACGACAGAGUCAAGCACGAGCAUGGCAGUCUCAUGGAGAUCCUUGAGACAGCGCUCACCUACGACCAGCUGGACGUGUCUGCCCUCGCCUCUUUCGAGAUACUGUCGAGGAGGAUUCAGCUGCUGGAGGAGGCGUGCGCGUCCAACCCGAAGGCGCCGCGGUUCGAGGGGAGCGAGCACUUCCAGGGCCUUGGCAGGAAAGUCGCGGCCGUGGCGCCGCUCCUCACCUCGCACGUGGCGUUGCAGCUCCAAGGCGAGGCUGCGAUCCAGAAAGAACGACGCAAGGGCUGCGACGAGUUUUUGACCAUGGCAUGGCGGGCGGUCGACAGCGCGACCGUCUACCCCUGCCUCGACUUCGUGAUUGGGAAGGCCCUCGUAGCUCACUCAGUCGCGGCGUUCAACAACGUAUAUGCCGGCGUGCUUGGAUCGACAG